UGCACCUUGUACUUUCGCAGUAAACUGCACAAAGUACAUAUAUUGGCUUCAUGAAUUCACCAUGUAUUUAAGAUUCUUUUUCCCAGUAGAUUAGCUAUUUUACCAUUUUCCUAGGUCGCUAACACUAUCUUGUUAACAGUUUUAUGCUUUAGUUUGCAGUUACCUUUUCGCUAAUUUGUAUAACAUUUGUGUCAUUUUAGCUUAUGUAAGUAGGUAUUUGUAACUACCAUAUGACAGGUUUUAAGUUAUCGAUAUGCACAUUAGGUGAUAAUCACUGAGUGGGAGGAACAAAAAGAUUAUUUAUAAUCGUUCAAAAGCCCAUAAGACACAGAAAAGAAUAAGAGUUGACGUUUAAGGAUGAAAAAAGUACUCGGUUACUCCCGACAUGCGAGUGAUUGUUGCUUUUUGUCCCAAUUUCUUGCAGAUGGAUUAUUCGAAUGACCAACUGACAGAGUGUCAGUCACAAAUGGUAUCAUUUUGGGAUCUCAUACGUGUUGAAAUAGACGGCUUAAAAUGCGACCAUGCAGCAUUUAAGACUCAAGAUCUACCCUUGGCAAGAAUAAAGAAAAUUAUGAAGCUAGAUGAUGAUAUUAAGUGUAUGAUGAUUAGUGCUGAAGCGCCAAUACUGUUUGCUAAAGCAGCUGAACUUUUUAUUCGAGAGUUAACCUUAAGAGCUUGGGUUCACACGGAACGCAACCGAAGACGCACACUUCAAAGGAAUGAUAUAGCUAUGGCAGUCAGUGAUGGAGAUACAGAUCAGUUUGACUUCCUUAUUGAUAUUGUACCUCGUGAAGAAACCAGAGGGCAUCGUCGACCAAACCAGGCGACCUCUUCUUCAAAUACCAACGGUAGUCCAAUGAAUGUUAAGCCAGAAAAUCCUGGGAAUAGGAACAGUUUUUUCACAAAUACAAAUGGUGCGCAUUCAUUGUCUCUAGAACAAGGCUCAGGUCAAGUAGUUGUUUCGGGAUUGUCGAGUGAUGCUACUGGAGCUUCAGCACAACCCCAAACAGUGACUGUUGCUUUGGCAUCUGGAGCAAUCGCCGGAGCAACUUCUGUUAAUUCAGGAAUCCCAUGUCAAACAGUAGUUCAACAAAACCAACCCACAGCUGUUCAUUUUACAACUGUCUCUUCUGGUGGUGGUCUAGGUGGUGCUCAGUCUUCAGUCAAUACCUCAUCUACUGUAAUAGCAGCUUCCGCUCCAAAUGCUACUACAGUCAAUUCUACGGCAGCUCCGUUGCAGUAUGUUCUACAACUUCCAGUAGGUGCUGCUGGAGCAUCAGCUGGACAGCCUUUUCAAAUACAAGUUCUUCCUCAACAUUUUCAGACGGCUAACACGGACGCUGUAUCUGCUGGUCAAGCUGGUGCCAUCCUCACUGACGGUAGCACGUUCCCCUUGGUUCAAGUUGUCUCUCAACCUAACAUACUUCCAAUCCUUCAAGAAGCCGGUGGGACGAGAGCACAAAUUUUGCAGAUUCAGGUGCCGGAACCAACCGCUGGUCAACGACCCACCUUGUUUCUACAGCAAGCCGGUGCUCUGUUAGGUACUCAUAUGGGUGCUGUAAUCGCUAAUGUAGAUGGUCAUCAACAAAUCAUGUACAGUCUGCAGGCACAACCACUGGUUUCUUCAAACACCACAUCAAGAACUCAAGUUCUUCUUUCCUUGGAUGAGGCUUCCGAGUGUAUUUCGUCUAUGUCAGAUCCAAACUGUAUUACUUCUGGUAACAGUAUUCAUGUUGGUGCUGCUCAGUUACUAGAUGAAGCAGCAAGCGAACUAAAUAUCCCAUCAUCUCCUGCUGUAUCUCAUCCAGUGAAUACUGAAUUACUCGAGACUAAAGAUUUCGCCCAACACACAACAGAACUUGAGCGUAAACCAAUUUUAAACACCAGUAGUGUUAUUAUUACUGACAGUCUUGUAAAUUUGACUGAAAAUCAAGCUGUUGAAAUUCACGCUAUAGAAUCAAAUAACCGGGAGAGCUUAGAGCCGGGAGUCGAUAACACUGAUUCACAUCCGACAGUGAUUACAGAUGACGAUGAUAGGACUGUGUGACGUCAUCAUAAUGCCACGUUCUUUGUAUCUCCUAAUUUCUUUGCUUCAAGACAAAUGUGUAAAUACCGCAGUAGAAAAACUUGACACGAAUCAAAUUAUCGUAUAAUUAUGUUUUUUAGGUGUUUUAUCUCUUCAUUCUCCCGAAGUGUUGUAUUACGUAUUAAAAAGCAUGUGUCCAUGAUUUUAAAAGUAACGUGCUAUAAAGAUCAUUUGUUGAAAAUUGGGUACUAUUUCACAGUUAAAAUAAUCUAAUUUAAAAAAUUGUAACGACAUAAUCGCAACAAAUUUUUUUCCCUUUAAUUUUUUGUACAAUAUUUUCACUAGUAUGUAUCCUAGAAAAAAUGUGUACUCACUUUAUUUUUUUUUUACUGGUACAUGUGAAUUGGUGUUUUGUGAACAUUGACUACAUCACGUAUUUUCACAUACAUUUUCGUGGUUAACAAUUUUGGACUUCAAUUUCCUCAAAAGAACCCAAUGUAUUUUCUUCUGCCUACUUAAUACUAUCCAUUUUGUCAGCCAAUAUUUCCAAAAUAUUAAGGAUUUCAGUUUACCUACGGAAUAAUACCAACUGAUGUGUACAAUUACAUAUUAAUUUGUUUAUCAGAUAUGUGGGAUUACAUACUAUCACAGUGACAAAGUGUUACACAUAUAUUGACGCGUAGUGAUAAUAUCUUUGCGGACUACAAAUAAAUCAAUGGCGAAAUGUA